UGCCAAUUCCACAGCACCCGGCAGUUGCCAUGGAGUGGAAGCUGCAUGUGCCCAUUCGGAGCGCAGCGCAUCGCCCGAGGACCUGCCCCGAUCCAUCGUGUUUUUCGUCCCUUCUGACUCGGCGCGAAUGGAGCUCCAGUAAAAGUUGCAUUUCCAUCUCCUCCUAAUUAGGCAGAGUCGGCACUUUUUAUCCCAUUCGGCGCAGAAACGUGAGAUAUGGUGGCUUGGUGCAAUCUCCCGGGUUUCGAAGGAUACUGCACAGAGUAAAGGUCCAGUCCGAAAGAGGACUACUUGACGCCCCUAUACCUUCGAGUUCAUAAGACACCCGGGAUGUGGUCGCUUGUGAAGUGUGAACCACGUCUGGUCCAUGCUUCUUGCAUGAUCGCAGCCUUCGAUCAUCAUGCUACGGGUGGAGCUGUCAGAUAUUCCUGAUGCUAUGCCGCCCUUGGCUCUUGCAUUUCUCUCCAGUCCUCUCGUUCUUCACCGACGGGUCGCUGUCCCAACAACUUUUCUUUUACCAUUCUACCAUUACUAAUUUUGUUGCUGUAUUUCUGUUUGGCUGUUUGCCUGCCUCUUUAUUCAACUUCCCUGCUUUGUCGACAGUCACUCAUUCUCUCCCACAUUCGUCGUACAUCAUAUAACACGCAAAUUGGAAGCUAAUAACGUCCUUAAUACUCAUCCUAUGGCCGGUCGCUUUCCUUUGCAUUGAAGACUCCCUGGGAUAGUCACCACCAUGCAAUAUAAUCGACUAAUUGUCCUAUUCUGCGCACUUGCCCUCUGUCUCUACAGUGCUGCAGCUGCUCCGCAGUUGCAACUGGACCGUCGACAGGAUGACACCACCAGCAGACCUGCUAAUACCGCAUCGGAAUCGAUUGAAGCCACUUCCACUACCAUUCGAGAAGACUCGUCGACAUCACGAACCCCGUCGCCAUCGAAGCCCAAGGAAAAAGGAUCCGAUGCUUCUGCAACUUCAGCCCCAACCAGCGUCAUGGUCUCAACAACCGUAAAUGCGCCUUCAGCGACAGCUUCGAGUUCAACUGAGACUCGUUCAUCAACUGAGCUCCCAAUCCAACCAAAGAUUACCCCAGCAUUGGGCUUGGCCGGUGUGAUAUUCAUCUUAUCCGGUGCUGUAUACACAGUUAUUGGUAUCAAGAAUAAAUGGCUAUACGUUUUCACAUCCGCGGCGUAUUUGACCAGCUUAGCUGUCACCGUCCUUAUAGUAUAUCUCAUGAGCCCUCCAGUCUCGAAUGCGGUACAGGGGGCCUUCUUCGUUGCGGCCUGCGUGUCUGGACUUAUGUUUGGAGCCCUGUCACUGGUCUUCGCAGACAUCACAGAAGGUCUUGGAUGUCUGCUAGGCGGUUUCUGUCUUAGCAUGUGGCUACUUACAUUGAAAGAAGGUAGUUUGAUAGAGUCGACUGCAGGGCGGGUCAUACUGAUCGGCUGCAUGAGUGUCGCAGGGUAUGGAUUGUCUUGGAGCCGUUAUACAAGAGAGUAUGGUUUAAUUGCCUGCACUUCAUUUUCCGGCGCGACUAUCGUUAUGCUCGGAAUCGACUGCUUCAGCCGCGCUGGUCUCAAGGAGUUCUGGAUCUACCUCUGGAACUUGAACCCGGAUAUAUUUCCCUUGUACACUGACACAUAUCCGAUGACACGGGGACUCAAAGCCGAGCUCGCUGGUGUGGUGAUAUUUGCCAUAUUCGGCAUCAUAUCUCAGCUUCGAGUGUGGAAGCUCGUUAAAGAACAUCGAGCGAAAAGCACCACGCAGCGUCUUGAACGCGCUCGCGACCAAGAGUUGGAAGAGGAGGAGCGCGGGCGCAAAAUCGAAGACAAGUUCCAGGAAGAACGAGCACAAUGGGAAGCGACUUAUGAUCAUAAAAACUCGCAAGAUUCUGGCUCCGAGGAUAGCGUGAGGGAUGAGAAAAGCCUGGCAGUCAAGAACGUAGAAGUCCAAGCAUCCCCAGAUGAUAAAACGGAACAGCCUCUGGAUAAAGGGGCUCCGGUCACUGUGACUGUAGUUCAAGACGACGUUAUCGACCAGAUCGAUGCCACCGGUAACCCUCUCACUCAAACGCCUGACCCAGUUCAUCGGAGCAGCGAAGAAGUCAGCAAUACCGGGAGUGAACAUACGCCCCCUGACCCUAGCGGACCUGGUCAGCUAUCUCGAAACUUGUCUAUGACGGAUUCUUUACGACCUUCUGCGCCGCCACCUCCAUUCGUGGUCCCACUACCUUUCAAAGUUCCACAGAAUGAUGACGCAAAAUCACAGACAUCCGACAAUGCAUCAAUUUCCGCGGUGCCAGACAUAGAGGAUGACGGCCCACCAAAUCGAAUGUCGGUCUCGAAACGCAUCUCAGAUAUGUCAGAAAUGAAACAACACUCAACAACCAGGGUGGCAUCAAAUCGAUUUGAGUCAGAAGAAGCAGUGUGCGAUUUCCAGGCCCAAUCCGACAGAGCUUCUUCAGUAGCUGCUACUCUGGACGAGGAUCUCUCUGUGAGAGAGUUGUCACCCCCUGCUUCACCAGUCCCGAACGAAUUCUUGGACGAAGGUGAAGAUGCACAUGCGGUGUCUCAAAACGUCGCUUCUUCGGAUCAACCCGAAGGGCCAACACCAGGUAACAGUGACAACUCUACGAAGAAAGUUUUAUCCUCAAAUAUGACAUCGUCACCCCGGUCCUUGACAGUCAGUACUGAUCCAAAGAGCAACGAACAACGAUCGAAGCGUACAGAUGCUGCCUCCCAGCAAGAUAAGAACGAGAAUGAUCACGAUUCCGCCACAGCGCCCGCGAGCGUACGCGGUGAGCAAAUCGAUUCAGCAACAGGCAGUUUCGACAACCUUCUCCCCACGGAAUUUUCUAAAGUUGCACACACCUUUAGAGUAAACGAGUGGUCAAAACACCUCGAGGCGGCUGAGAAGCCAGAGAUUGAAGAGAUCGAGGAGCCCAUAUCGCCUGGCAUCCACAUGGAUCACGAACGUCCCGCUCCCGUUAGUGAAGAACUGGCUCGGCCGCUAGCAGUCAAGAAAAGAAAUUCGAAUGGAAUGUCAAGCGCGGAAGCAGUGCCACAUCCCAACGUGUUUAUUCGCUCCAACUCGAAUGCUUCGCAAUAUUCGCAAGCAAAGCCUGCGUCUGUAUUCAGAUCCUCUGGUAUACUUCCUGCCGGAGGCAUGUCUAGGUCUGGAUCGCAGAUCUUCAUUCGGCCUUCACGCAACUCUUCGUCACAUCUGGAACCACUUGUUGAACCAACGAGCACUUCAGUACCGGCUGCUCCUAUCUCACCUCUACCCUCCAACACACUCAUGGGCCAGCGCGAAGCCCUCAUGAAGAACCGAGUGUCUUCUCAAUCUUUCAUACCACUAUCCGGAUCCCCCAACAAUGCCCCUGUCAACGAAGAAGACAUGACGCUUGCCGAGCGCAAACGCGCACUCAAACACCACCAGAAACCGCCUUCUGCAGCCCAAAAAUGGCAGAGGAGCAGCCGUAUCCCUGCUACGCAAAUGCAGGUAACGGGCUUCGAUUCUCACCCACCGCAGCGCAACAGGAAUUCAGCCAGCGACCAGAAACGCGAAAGUCUACUUGCCGGUUGGCGGGAGUCGAUUCGACAAGAAAGCCAGCAAUCCCAUCCCCAUCAUCAAGCAGCGUCAGGCGCAGGGAACGGCAGCAGUGACGAGCAACGACGUGCAGCACUCCUCCAUGCCAAACGUCAGAAGGAAAUGGAGAAGCAGCAACAAGCUGCUGCGGCGCAGCAACGCGAGUCGAUGAUGCACAACAUGAUGCGCAGCAACGAGAUGUUGGAUGCGCACCGAGAGGCGAUGAGGCGCAUGCAGUCUUCUGCGAGCAAGCGCGUUUAA